AUGGCAGCGCCCAGCAGAAGAAAAAUGUUCGCAGCAAAAUUCUCUGUUUUACCAAAUUUGCGUGGGAUUCAUCCUUUACAUUUACAGUUGAAUGAACAACAGUAUGAUUUAGUGUUUGAAAAUAAUGAAAAUGAUCAUGCAAUUGGGGCAGUAAGUAAGAAAACAGCCACCCCAGGAUUUCCAUCAUUACAAGUCAGUGUUUACAAGUCCAAAGUGCACAUUCCCUCCUCUUCUUGUAUUGAAAAUGCCGAUUUGGAAGAGACGAACUUGCUCCUGGGAUGCACAGAAACUUUUCUACAUUACUACGGUUUCUCCGUAGAGGAUGACAUAGUGUUACACUCUGUGGAAUCUUUCCCCAUGAAACGAGUUGUAAUUGGUGCUAAGACUGUAGAGGCGUACACCUGGGCCUCGGAUUCCAUGUGUUCCCCCUCCCUUCUAAUCAACAUAUGCAGGGGACCAGUCCUUGUUAGAAAACAGGAUGUAUUGCUGCUACCCACCAAUCUUACUCUGUCACAAAGCUCUAGAGGCAAGGGGACCCCACCAGUUGCUGUCCAGUUUGAUUUAGUAGUGUUGGAGUGUGAGCCGGUAUGUCAGGGUAUUCUAUCAGUAAGCACCGAAAUUGUAGUCACAAAGAUCAGUGGAUUGAAUAAUGAGCACAAGCCAGCUGAUGCCACUGCGAGUGACUCCUCUGAUUUGACUGAAUUUCACCUUCCAGUACUUUCAGAGUUUGCAAAGCCAAUCACAGAUGUGCUUAGUGGUAAAGCAACUCAUAGUGACAUCACUGUUGACAGAGGUUCAUCUGAUGAUUGUGUUUACAAAUUAUUCUGUGUAGAUUCCAAGGAGGUGUGGGAUAACAUGUGCACUGGUUAUAUGAAGGAACAUGACAUAAAAGAUCCCAAUACCAUAGGAGUGAUUUCAGUGAAUACUGCAAAACACAAUGGUUUAUACCAUGACAGCCUGGUGCAUUUAACAUUAGUUCCAGUGGAAAGUAGCUCUGAUACUAAAGGCUUGGAUACCAAAAUCUCUACUGCAACCACAUCGGAAACAGAAGAUGACAAACAUGAAAGAGACACAACAAAACUGCUCAAAAGAUAUGUGUCUUUGUCAGUCUCAUCUCAUCCAAACAUUGAAGACAACAGCAUUUAUGUCACUCCAGUAUUCAGGCACAACUUGCUGUUCAGAGGGACCAACUUUCCAAGACAUACAAGCAAGUUACAAGUAUCAAUAAAGCCACUGGAAGAGGAUGACAACAAAGCUUCACCUAGGUCUUGUAGCACUUCCUGCCAUGCCAAAAUACCAUAUGCCAGAGAAGUUCACAUUUCUGUUGUUCACUCUCCAUGUCACCCUGUGGCAGAGACUCCAGACAGUGUCAUGAAAGAGUAUUUUUCUACUGCAAGGUUAUUGAGUGUGGAUGAUAUUAUAGCUGUUUCAACAAAAGGUAGUGCACAGUGUUUUCAAGAGCUGACGGAGACAGUAGACCAGAGGCUUCCUGUGGUGUAUUUUAAAGUGACCAGGUAUGAACCUACAUAUCCUGGCUGGGACUGCUGCCUUGUAGAUAUCCAACACACCUCUUUGUUUCAGGCAGGCAUUGUACAAAGCUACUUACCAGUAACAACUCAGUUUUGGGACGGUCCCAGAACUUUCUGCCCACCAUUACACUUGCCAAAGGGUCUCAGGAAAAUAAAGGAACAAAUAGAAGCACUGUGCCUACCUUACCUAAACUCCAGUUCCAGACGGUCUCUUUCUAUGGCCUCAUUUCUACUGAAGGGCCCAGUGGGGUGUGGGAAAGGCAUUGUUGUGAGAGCAGUAGCAAGUGCUCUUAGUAUGCAGGUCUAUAAGGUCAGCUGCCAUGACAUCAGUGGGGAAACAUCAUCUGCCACUGAACAGAGAGUGAAGAACAUGUUCACUAAAGCUCGAAGUUACAGUCCCUGCAUUCUGUAUCUUUCAAAUAUCGAUGCUCUCAGUAAGGACAGAGAUGGGAUCAGUGAAGAUGCCAGGGUCACAGCCACCUUUCUAGAGAACAUGCAGACGGCAAAUGCCUGUGAUUCUGAUUGGCCCAUAAUCGUUGUGGCAACAAGCAACUCAUCCAAUCAGAUGAGUACUGAUAUGUGUGAAGGGUUUCUUCACCAAGUAGUAAUGAAGGUUCCAACAGAGGAAGAAAGAAGAGAUAUGGUGGACUUUUUGCUGGCUUCUGUGCCUUGCUCUUCUAGUCUUUCAUUAUCUCAUAUAGCUCAGAGGACUGCUGGAAUGGUGUUUGGGGACCUGCAGGCUCUGGUGACACAUGCAAAGAGAUCAACAUUAAGGAGGGUUAAACAGGCAUGCAUAGGGACGAGUUCUCUCAGUUUCCAGCAGGAGGAGGAUAUCUGUAGGGCAGGCCUGUGUGUGAGUCAGGAGGACUUUGACCUGGCUUUAGACCAGCUACAGGCGGCACACUCCGACGCCAUUGGGGCACCACAGAUUCCCAAUGUUAGCUGGGAAGAUGUUGGUGGCCUGGCAGAUAUCAAAGCUGAGAUUCUGGACACCAUACAACUUCCACUAGAGCACCCAGAACUGUUUGCUGCUGGACUGAGGAGAUCAGGGGUUCUACUGUAUGGUCCUCCAGGAACAGGGAAGACUCUGCUUGCUAAAGCUGUGGCCACAGAAUGUUCUCUCAAUUUUCUUAGUGUAAAAGGACCAGAAUUAAUCAAUAUGUAUGUUGGACAGAGUGAAGAAAAUGUUAGAGAAGUGUUCCAUCGUGCCAGAAGUGCUGCCCCCUGUGUUGUCUUCUUUGAUGAAUUAGAUUCACUAGCUCCCAAUAGGGGGCGCAGUGGUGACUCAGGAGGAGUUAUGGACAGAGUGGUGUCCCAGCUUCUGGCAGAGCUAGAUGGACUUCACAAAGCUUGUGAUGUGUUUGUGAUUGGAGCAACCAAUAGACCUGAUCUCCUGGAUCCAGCUCUCCUCAGACCAGGAAGGUUUGAUAAGCUACUGUAUCUUGGAGUCAGUGACACCAGAGAGGCACAGGUCAAAAUUCUGAAAGCUUUGACAAGAAAAUUUCAGCUAGGCCAGGAUGUCCGAAUGGAGGAUGUGGCCGCCCAGUGUCCAUUCACACUGACUGGUGCUGACCUCUAUGCUUUGUGUUCUGACUCACUGCUUAACGCCAUGAAGAGGAAAAUUGAAAUGCUUGAAAAUGGAGAGGAGACUGAUCAGACCACACUGGUGGUAGAGAACCAGGACUUCACUAACGCCCUGGAGAACCUUACACCCUCUGUAUCUGAGGCAGAGCUACAGCACUACAAGUUACUGCAGUUCUCUCUACUUGCUAGCUGAGACUAGUGAAAAUAGAAUUCUUGGAUGAAAAACAAUACAGUGGAGAAAGGAGCAUAGUGAAUUAUUUAGGGUAUUACCAUAGUUU